AUGAUGUUAUACGCCAAAUCAGCCAAACCAAUCCACACAAGAUCAUUCGUCUCUAGUGUCCUAUUCACAACUGAAAGGUAUCAAAGCAUGACUGUUAAAGGUCUUCAAAUUGAAUUGAAGAAGCGUAAAUUGCCUUCCACGGGCAGCAAGUCGGCGCUUGUACACAGACUAAGCGCCAAUGAUACACAAGUAUCUACAUACUCAACCGAGCCAGUGAAUAAGGUUUCUAGUGGACAAGGCACUAACCUCAACGCUGGUCCCCAAAUUCCGGUAACGUCGUCUACUCCACACACUUCCGCAUCAGCUCCAGGUCAGCCUUUAACACCUGCCGAUAACACCUCCAGUAAGCUUGUAGAUCUUGGGGCAUUCACUCUCAAUAUUCCUCAACCUACUAGAAACCCCUCACCAAAAAAUAUCAAAAUUCCAGUUUUGGCGUGUAAUUGGUCGGCUACGGCGGAUACUAUCGAUAGUAACGUGAAGAAUGAUGUACCAAAACUCAGUACAGCAUCUGGUAUUAGUAAUGUCAGUCACAAUCUCUAUACCCUUGAGGAGGAAUUGGGAGAGAGUGUUGAGAAUAAGCCAUCACGAAUUAUGUCUUAUCUCAAUCAUUAUAGGAAAUACUUUCCCGAAAUAGAGCCUGUCCAGUACCAGACUAUCACUCGUCCACUCAGUAAGGAUGAGAAGAGUGGUGUUAUCAGAGCUGCUGUUGUUGUUGCUGGUUUGUUUGCGCUGUCUUACGUCAACUAA